GUGUCUGGAGGAAAAAAGAAAAAAGAAAAAAAAAGUUGCCAGCUUCAUUUCCUGAGAAACAAAAGCGAAAGUACCGGCUAUUAAAAGCCGUGGGGAGGGGAGACAGAGGGAGGGAGGGAGAAACGCAGGGUUGUUUUCCCGGUGAGCGGCGACGAUGGCGGACGGUUUCGCGUACGCUCUGCGCGUCGAGCUCGGAGAAAACGACACCCCGAGACUGAAGAACAAGUUGGUGAAGUACUUCCAGAGCAAGAAGUCUCACGGCGGCGAGUGCGAGGUGGAGCACGAGCGCGGCGCGAGGACGGCGCUGCUGCGCUUCCUGCGCGAGGAGGACCAGCGAAAUGUUUUGGGGAAAGAGACGCACGAGAUACAAUUGGAAAAGGGCGUGCUGAACGUGACAGUUCAUCGACUGACGGAAGGGUCAAAGAAGCAGGAAACUCUGGCUGAUGAACUCGAGAAGAAAUCGGAUGUUGCUGUAAUCAACAAGCAACCGAGCACCAAUGCGCACGCACCUGCAGGCGAGAAUCAAACGGGCGAAGAGCUGUGCUCCACUUCUGCUGUUUUAGGCAAUAUUCCAGAGACCACAAACGAGGAGUUUUUGAACAUGUUGGUGGUGAACGUUUUAAAAAAAGAUGCAGACCCUCUAUCUGACCCCCAAAGCUUCACUCUGGAGCUCAUCCGUGACAUCUCCUCUGCUGUGGUGACUUUCAAGUGUGAAAAAGAAAACACAGAUUUUGUGAUGAGAUGCCCCAAGAACAGGAUUUUCACAAAUAAGGGACUAUCGGUCCGGCCUCUUGAAGUCACUAAUCAAGUUGUAGUUGACAACAUACAACAUACUGAUGAAGAUUACCUCCGGCUUUAUUUCGAGAAUGAAGGAGCAGCAGUGGAAGAUAUUGCGCUGAAUGCCGCGGAACAGUCUGCCAUCAUCACCUUUGAAGACGUUAAAGCUGUUCAUGAAGUCAUGAAGAAGAAGCAUAGCGUCAAGGGUGAAGAGAUCAAAGUUCAUCCUUUUUAUAAGUCUCUGGGAACAGCUCUCUACGGAAAAGAUAGGCCCUCUCUAAAACUUCCUGAUGCUGUCUCGGAGUCCAUUGACCCCGUCGUCUGGAGAUACCUAAAUUACCACCAAUCGGCUGCAGACACCAUUUACAGUCAAAUGGCAAAAGACUUCUGCAGCGUAAACCUUGAGCAACCCACUGUCUGCUUGAGAGCCUUACCUUCACUACUACAGCACAAAGAUGUCGAAGUCAUCAGCAAAAAGUGGAGAGAUACUGUAAAGUCGGCCUUUGCGCGAGCUCUGUCAAAAUUCAAAUCCCUGACGCUUAAGCCAGAGCCCGAGGCAUGGGGGGAGUCUGAGGAGAAGAUCAGAGAGACUCUCCUGAGCGAGGAUGUGGUUUUUGAGUCGGAAAAAUCCACCGGUGUUGUAUCAGUCGCCGGUCUUGCGGCUGAUGUUGAUAGACUUAAGCCCAUUCUUUAUGAAGUCAUAAACAACAUUGACAAAAGGGUGCAGAGGGAGAAAUUUAGCGAGACCCAAGAGGUCAAAGUGUUGCCAUCAAUCCAACACCUCCUAAUUCAAGACGGUCUUCAGGAAAAGCUCCUACAGGUGUACCCAGACCUCAAAAUAUCUUUUAGGAAAGACGGUGCGCUUUUGAAAGUGACUGGCUUGAGGGAAGAGAUUAUUGAGGCAAGCACAGCUGUCUGUAAUGCAAUGAUGGAGCUAAAACGUCAGAAUUUAGAUUUGGACAAGUACGUACUUGACAUGCUGAAGGAUGAAGAACAAGAGGAGCUGACAAAUGCUCUACUCACAUCCAAUGGAAUAAAUGCAGCAUUUGAGAUCAAUGCUCAGAGGGUGCAGCUCAUUGCUUCUUCCGACAGAGAUCUCAAUGAUGCCGAAGUCCACUUGAAGAGGCUGCUAAGAUCUCAGAACAUUGAGGUUGAAGACCGCAAUGUAUUGGCAAAGCCAGAGUGGCAGGACCUGGUCCGUCACUUGGAGAAUUGCAACCGUGGGUCGUACAGGAGAAUUCGAAUCCACACCACUGGGCCACAAGUUGUGGUGGCCGGUCACAAGGACAGUGUCGAAGCAGUUUGCGGUCAGCUUGGUGACUUCCUAACGCAGAAUGCUGAAGUUGAAGAAACCGUUGUGGUCAGGGCCAGCACCAUAGUAGAUUACAUUAAAAAGCUUGACACGUCUUGGUUGGAUUCAGUCAGCAACAAAGUGCUGGUGUCCUACAAAAAAGACGCCAUUUGUCUAAGGGGUUCCAGGGUUGAUGUUGCGGAGUGCAAGGCGUUGGUCGAUGACUGCAUUUCUUCUGUUUACUUUGACAGUUUGAAAAUCACCAUGCCUGGAGCAAACAAGUUAUUCAGAGAUAAAGGCGCUGUGUUUGUUUCCACAAUCAAGAAUGAAACCGGCUGUAUGGUGCAGCAGGUAGAGGACCUGAGUGGUGGACAGGUGCUUUUGGUCCAAGGACCAGGAACAGCGCCAGUGUAUCAGAUUCAGACAGCCGAUGGAGUGGAAAUAGCCGUUUGCAAGGCAGAUAUGUGCAGCUACCCAGUGCAAGCAGUUGUCAAUGCUUCUAAUCCAACCUUGCACCAUAGUGGAGGUCUUGCGGCGGCACUUCUAAAUGCUGCCGGCCCCCAGUUUCAGGCUGAAUGUGACAAACUUAUUAAUUCAAGCGGAAACCUGAAGGCCGGAGACAGUGUGAUAACUGGUGCGGGUGGGCAGCUUUGCUGCAAAAAGGUCAUCCAUGCCGUGGGGCCCCAGUUUGAUCCAGCUCAGCCCAAGAAGCCUGUGGCACAGUUGAAAAGAGCUGUUAAAGGAAGCUUGGAGCUCGCUGAAAAGCACGGCUGCCUCUCCGUGGCUCUGCCUGCCAUCAGCAGUAACCAAGGCUUUCCCCUCAGCUUGUGUGCGCACACCAUCGUCAAAGCGGUGAAGGAACACUGUGACGACAAGUUCGGUGACAACACCCUGAAAAAGAUCCAUUUGGUGAACAACGACGACAAUACUGUUCAGGCCAUCGAGGCAGCUGUCAGAAAGGAGUUUGGUCAAGGUGUCCGUCUUUCUCCACAAACUCUCCCCACUAGGACCCACAAGUUUCCCCUUGUGACGCUUGCUGCACCUGACCCAAACCGCUUGGGUCAAGUGCAGACCAAAGAGGGCUUGGCCAUUACUCUCACUACAGGAAAUAUCGAGAAGGCAAAGACGGACGUGAUCGUCAACACCGUGGCUGACGAUCUCGUAUUGAACAGAGGCGCAAUUUCCCAAGCCAUCUUCAGUGAGGCUGGAUUAAAACUCCAGCAGUUGAUACACGCCAAUGCAACUCAAGGGAGUAAAAGUGUCGGCGACAUUAUUGCUACUGACGCCUGCAAGCUGAAGAGCAAGAAAGUCUUUCAUGCAGUUGCACCUGCUUGGGACAAAGGACAAGGGGCUGCUGAAAAGCUCUUGAGGGGUAUUUACAAGGAUUGCCUGGGCAUGGCAGAGGACGGUGGCCUGACCUCAAUCGCCUUGCCCGCCAUCGGCACCGGGAACCUGGGUUUCCCUAAAGAUAUUGCAGCAUCACUGAUGCUGGAUGAAAUCUUGGCGUUUAGCAGUAACAAGCAACCCAAGCACUUGAAGAAGGUUGUGAUCAUCCUUUACCCACAAGAUGCACAGACUAUCCAGAAUUUCAGAGAUGCAUUUACAAAGAAGUUCCAAAACGCCUCUGUGCCAACAAGUUCCCCGCAAAGUCAAGUGCCUCAAGGUCCCUUCACUAAAGUUGUCUCGAGCUCAGGGAUGCAUGAGACCAAAAUGGGAAGUGUGACUGUGCAGGUGGUCACGGGAGACAUCACCAAGGAGACCUCUGAUGUCGUCGUCAACUCGUCCAAUGCUGCAUUCUCUCUUAAGUCAGGAGUGUCCAAGGCCAUUCUGGAAGCAGCGGGUCCAGCUGUUGAAGUGGAAUGCACAAACCUUGGUGCCCUGCCCAACCCAGGCAUCAUAAUAACCCAGCCAGGCAACCUCAAGUGUAAGAAGAUCCUCCACCUGAGUGGACAGACUGACCCAAUAAAAAUCAAAGCGGUCGUGAAAGACGCCCUGCAAAUGUGCGUGUCCAACUCGUACACUUCUGUCUCCUUUCCUGCCAUUGGCACAGGUCAAGGCAACGUAAAGGCGCAGCAAGUUGCGGACGCCAUGUUGGACGCGGUUAUCGAUGUGUUGAGCCAAAACCCUUCCGGCCCCCUGAAUACAGUUCGCAUAGUUAUUUUCCAGCCUCACAUGCUGAAAGACUUCUACAACAGUAUGCAAGAAAGAGAAGCCUCUGACCCGAAAGACAAAGUCGGGUUCUUUGGAAACGUCUUCUCAAAAAUCAAAUCAUUAAUUAUCGGAACAAGUGAGGACAAGCCAUCGAGAGAUAAGGACUUUGUCAUUGAGGGUCUGAAAGCGGAACCAGUUUCCUUCCACAUCUGCGGCGAGUCGCAGGUGAGCGUGGACAAGGCCAAGAAGCAGCUCAACGUCCUGAUGACCCAAGACCAGUACAGCCUCCAAAUAGAGGACAACUCCAUCUUCAGCUUCUCCAAUGCAGACAACCAGUGUAUUGUUGACAUCCAGAAGACCAUGAACGUGACCAUAAAGACCGAGAACAAAAACGGCAAGGCCUCGUUGACCAUCGACGGGCUCAGCAAGGACGUGCUUAAAGCCAGCCAAGAGAUCCACAAGAUGCUGAAGUCGACCCGAGAAAAGGAGGAGAUGACGGAGAAAGCGGAGCGCACGGGCGUAGUGGUGGAAUGGCAGUACCAGCCGCAGGGCCUUGAGUUUCAGAGUUUUGAUUUAACGACCAACUACAAGCUCGAGGAAGCUUUGGAAAAUAAGCAAACAAGCGUAAAGGUUUCAGUCCAGGGUAAAGACUACACUGUCGCCAUGCCAAAGGGACCUGCCACCAACAACCAGGGGCAAACCCUGCAGAUAAAGCGGAUUGACAAACUCAAAGAUGAAGACACACCUGAACAGUGGGAUACGAUGCCGCCUGACUCCUCGUGUCAGGCCGUGCUCAUCAACGCCGGGACGGCAGAGUACACCGAAGUCCUCAACUUGUUCCAGGCCACAUGCGGGCAAACCGUUAUUAAGAUUGAGAGGAUCCAGAACCCUGUAUUGUGGAAGAGCUUACAGAUCAAGAAGCGCGACAUGGAGCUGAGAAACAACCACGGCAACAACGAGAGGCGCCUCUUCCACGGCACCUGCCACGACACGGUGGGCCACAUCAACGAGUACGGCUUCAACCGGAGCUACGCGGGAAAGAACGCUACUUGUUACGGCAAUGGCACCUACUUUGCAGUUGGCGCUAACUACUCGGCCAGCAACACCUACUCCCCACCCAACCAGAACGGUGAGAAGUGCAUGUACCUCUGUCGAGUGUUGACGGGGGACUUCAUCGAUGGGAAGCAAGGCAUGAUCGUACCGCCGGCCAAGAGCGCCAUCUCCACUCAGAAGUACGACAGCGUCGUGGACAGAAUGGCCAAUCCCAGCAUGUUUGUCAUCUUCCACGACAGCCAGGCGUAUCCGGAAUAUUUGAUCAGUUUUAAGUGACACAGCCGUGCACUUAAAGGAACAAAGGCAUUCAGCCUGCCACGGCCUUCCAAUGCUAAAUAAUCACAGGCUGAUAUGUGUUUUUCUCCAGAUAUUUGGGUUACAAUUCCAAUUAGUUUAAUGAUAUAAUCAUAGUCCUUUCCUCGGUUUACAAGCUAGCUUUAUUGAUUAGUACUAUUAAUUAAUUACAUCAAUACAUUUAUUGCUUGCAAAUAAUCUCUUUUGCUACGGAAUGGUUAUGCAAUUCAAGAACAUGAGAAUUUCCAAAUAUAUUUUUUCUUAAAUGUUAUGCUCUUAUUAUGUCACUGAGCACUGCACACUGUUUGGCCCGGGGAAGAUUGCAAAAACCUGUGCUGCGCCAGGAAAUUAUGUAGUGUUAAAAGCUCGUCCUUCAAUAAUGUUAAGAUCAGGUUGCCAAUCACUUUUGGUUUUGAAGGAGAAAGUGAGUUAACUGCUGUUCUUGUAAACCCAGAAUGCACAAAUAAAAGUUAUUUCAAGCACA